AUGGCGCUCGACAGCUACUACCAGAACAAGAUCGAGGCGAUGAAGCUCGAGAUCCUCAAGGGUCAGGCCGUCCUCCGCCGUCUCGAGGCACAGAGAAACGACUACAACUCAAGGGUACGGUUGCUGCGCGAGGAGCUCGGCCUCCUGCAGCAGCCCGGCUCCUACGUCGGCGAGGUCGUCAAGGUGAUGAGCACAAAGAAGGUCCUGGUCAAGGUACAUCCCGAGGGAAAAUACGUUGUCGACGUAUCUGAGAACAUCGACGUAAGCAAGCUCACUGCUGGCAAGCGUGUCACCCUACUAUCCGACUCCUACAAGCUCGAGAAGCUGCUGCCGUCAUCUGUCGACCCCCUCGUCUCUCUCAUGAUGGUCGAGAAGGUGCCGGAUUCCACAUACGACAUGAUUGGUGGUCUGGACCAGCAGAUCAAGGAAAUCAAGGAGGUCAUCGAGCUGGGCCUCAAGCACCCAGAGCUAUUUGAGUCCCUCGGUAUCGCGCAACCGAAGGGUGUCUUGCUGUACGGUCCCCCCGGCACAGGCAAAACCCUGCUGGCAAGAGCUGUGGCGCAUCACACCGACUGCAAGUUCAUCCGUGUGUCGGGUUCUGAGCUGGUCCAGAAAUACAUCGGUGAAGGUUCCCGAAUGGUGCGCGAGCUGUUCGUCAUGGCGAGAGAACACGCGCCCUCCAUCAUCUUCAUGGACGAGAUCGACUCCAUCGGUUCGUCCCGUGUCGAGGGCUCCUCCGGCGGCGACUCGGAAGUCCAGCGGACCAUGCUGGAGCUCCUCAACCAGCUGGACGGCUUCGAGCCGACCAAGAACAUCAAGGUCAUCAUGGCCACCAAUCGUCUCGACAUCCUCGACCCUGCCCUGCUCCGGCCCGGCCGUAUCGACCGCAAGAUCGAGUUCCCGCCGCCGAGCGUGGAGGCUCGAGCCGACAUUCUCCGUAUCCACAGCCGCAAGAUGAACCUGACACGAGGCAUCAACCUCACCAAGAUCGCUGAGAAGAUGAACGGCUGCUCCGGCGCAGAGCUCAAGGGUGUAUGCACAGAGGCGGGCAUGUACGCCCUGCGCGAGCGCCGAGUCCACGUCACACAGGAGGACUUUGAGCUCGCGACGGCCAAGAUCCUCAACAAGCACGACGACAAGGAAGUCUCGCUCGGCAAGCUAUGGAAGUAG